GCAAUCCGCCAAUCUAACAAAGAAGAAGAAGCUUAAACGAUUAUUCACACUCUAUACCGGUUGGUGGCAGUAAUGUGCUCGUUAACGUUUUUGCUAACAGCCCAUAAACUCCGUGAGAAGAAGAAGAAAGGGUGUCGCUGCCAGACGAAGUGGGUAUUCCUCGGUUCUGUCGGAGCUGAUUCUGGCUGCUGACCGCUGGACAAGAAAGCGCCGCCGCGAUGCUCUUAUCCUGGUGUGUUAUUCCUGGUGCACUUCACCAUGUUCUUAAAUCUUCUUGUGACUAAGACGCGUAGAAAUCGACGCCGCUUUGCUGCAAACAACAACUACAGGAAGAACAUAUCCUGUGAUAAACAGAUCUACAGAAACUCUUUGUUCUAGCCAAUCUACCGCAGCAUUAAGUAGCAGUCAUGGCGGAGGCCGGAGCCCAUCUGACCUCAGCGGCUGUUAAUGAACUGCCAUCCAUCUUUGAAGUUCUAGCCCAGGACUCUCUGAUGGAAGCAGUCAGACCUGCACUGAGACACGCCAUCAUGGUUCUGGCUGAAUCCAACCCUUCACGCUUCGGUUUCCUGUGGAGAUGCUUUGACGAGCUUUACCUGCUGCUGGAUGUCCUCCUGCAGAACCACUUCCUGUCCCACUGCAGCGCCUCCUUCUCUGAGAACUUCUAUGGACUGAAGAGAGUCCCAGCACGACGGAGCCUCCCCGCACGCCUGGGCCUUGGCAGGAGUUUGAGCUGCAGGUCCCUGCUGCUCCUGUGCCUGCUGCCGUACCUGCGGGCCAGGCUUGAGGCCAUGCUGGCUCAGCAGAGGGAGGAGGAAGACUUCUCUAUCAGGCUGGCACAGACCUGGAAGCUGAGAUUGUACCGAGCAGCAGUGGCAGCAUACCCAUAUAUCAGCUCGGCCUACCAGGCCUGGGUCUUCUGCCAGCAUCUGCUUUUUGUUUUUGGAGUCAGCAGGACGCACAGUCCCCUGCUGUGGUUGGCCAACGUCAGAUUGGCAAGACUCAGUGGUCAGGACCUCAUAGAUAUGGAGCACAAAUCCAGCCCUGCGAAGCCAGCAGAUGGGAGGCUGGUGCAGAGAACAUGGUGGCUGCUGUCCCAAGCCGCACAGGGUGCAGCCGUCUCCCUCUCCACCUCCCUCUCUCUGGGCGUCUUCUUCCUACAGUUCCUGGAGUGGUGGUAUUCCUCAGAAAACCAAAGCACGGUGAAAACCGCUACCUCCCUGCCAGCUCCUCCACCCCCGCUCCAUCUGCAGGGCCUCGACACGCAGGCAGCCGCCGACAAGAAGAAUUGUCCCCUGUGCCUAAAGCUGCGGACCAACUCCACCGUACUGUCGACAUCAGGCUUUGUCUUCUGUUAUCGCUGCGUUUACGCUUACGUCAAGGCUAACCGCUGCUGUCCGCUCACUGGAUUCCCCACAGAACUGCAACACCUCAUCAAGAUCUAUGAGCCGGAGAGUUAACUUUCUGAAGGCUGCUUUGGCUGCUGACCCUCUUUGGAGAAAUGUGGCCUUCCUUUUAUCUCAAUUCCUAACUCUGCUUGUAUCAACAGCUCUAUAGAAAGGACUUUAUAAAGAGUAGAAUUAUCCCUCUUUGCUGUGAAUAUUUUACUCUCAGUGUUGAGAAAUUUGGAUCCAAUGGUGUUUUUUACUUAGCAUUGAUAAAUAAGCAUUGAUUAAAUAAAGAUCAUAAUAUAUA